AAAGUCCUAAAGAUUACCUAGAGACAAAUUGUGUAAACCCGUGUUAUUUGUACGCUUUUGAGUGAGACUGGGUUGAAUUGUGACUCCAAGGAGAAUCAAAAUGAGCAUUCGGGGACAGGAACAGGUGGAGAAGAAGUACAACCCUCUAGAUAGCACCCUGAAGAUUGUCAAGAGGAAGGACGACUUGGAUCCCAUGUGUGAUGAUGAUGAUGACUGUCUCAGAGCAGAGAUGUCCUGCGGCCACGCUGUCACUCCGGACUCUCUCACACUAUGGUGUCGCAGCCAGCUGGAUGAGGGUAAUUACAAAUUCAGAUGCCCUGCAGUGGUGGAGGGGACCACACAGUGUAAUAAACUGUGGUCGUACCAAGAGGUGCGCAGACUGGCCGACUUGUCUGUCGAGGAAAUGCAGCAUUUUGAAGAGACCAUGGCUCGCCUGGCUGCUGCACAAUACUGUGAAAUUCAGCCAUGCCCAAAGUGCAAAACGAGUGUGGAGAGGAAGAAUCUGUCCAACCUGUGUGUGCGGUGCCCCAUAUGCACAGCUGAUCAGAAGAAGACCUACCAGUUCUGCUGGCAGUGUCAGAGGCAGUGGAAAGGUCCAGGCCCUCGGUCUGACCGCUGCGACAACGAUGGCUGCAUCAACCACGACCUCGAGCUCCUCAAGAACUGCAAGACCACCGCCCUCCCUCAGGUGGAGGGGGUCGACGCAUGUCCCUCCAUCCGGGCCUGUCCCACCUGUGGUCAGAGAGUGGAGCAUGACAAAACGGGCUGUAAGAACAUAAUCUGUCCUCGCUGUCAGGUCGAGUUCUGCUUCGUGUGCCUGAAACUCACUCCAGAGUGCCUGAAGACGAGCUCUUACUUCAUCCCCUGCAGUGAUGGUGUGGCUCCCAGACAAACCUCCAUACCUGUGUGGCGCAGAAACUAAGAGUUUGCACACAUUCACUACUCAUGAUGUAG